AUGGCGAAGGAGAAGAAAGAAAGGUUAAUGGAAAGUAAGAUAACUGGAAGUGGUUUUGAAGCAAGAGGAAGCAAAAAACCGCCAAAAAUGGAGAUUCAUGAAAAGGGUUCUGUGCUUCAAGUCUUUCUAACAUGUGGGGUCGAUUACCACUUUGUUUUCUGUGAAAUUAUCAGAAUAUUGCAUGAAGAGAAUAUUGAGGUAAUCGCUACCAGUUCUACGAUUGUUGGAGAUUCAGCGAUUCACGUUGUGCACGGAGAGGUUGGGCAAUCUAUGAUCCAUUCUGGAGUUAGCAAAGUGAGUGAGAAGCUGAAAUUGUUCGUAAAUGGAUCAAUCUGUAAUGAAGAAAUGGAGGCUGGAAGGUUAUGGGAUUCAGAAGUUGGAACUACUCUUCCAUGGCUGCUUCUAGAUCCAACCCUAGAUAAUGCCUUACCACCAAAUCCUUAG